AUGCCCCUUGAGGACCUUUCCGUCUCGCCGGAUGGUCGGCCUCAUCAGUGUCGCGCGACGCACGUAUACGAACAGGGGCCGUCGGUCCAGCGUAUCCUCCUUGAUGCAGCAGCACUGGUACUGUGUGCGUUGCGUCCAUUCGCACCGCCGUCCAGGUUGUGGCGUGCGCUGCUUGCGGCCAGUCAAAACUCAAUGGCUCCGUCGGGCAGGCAGGGUACUGGCGCCGCGCGGUGCCACCGUAACACUGCGACGUUCCAGCCUCAGCGGGGGGGGCGACCGGCGCGGAUGAUGACAGGAGUGCAGGUAGACGACAUGUACCUGGCGUCCGUGGCGUGUUCCCCUCUCCCCUCCCUCUCGGUCAAGGCAAGCCUUUUUGCAUGCGUCUGCUUCACGCAGGCGAACCUGCGUUCCCCUCACCGGGCAAGGCGCGCACUGCACGUGCGCGGCUUUCCCCUCACCGGCAGUCUCCAACGCCGCCGCAGACCGACGAGCGGCCGCCCGUACCACGGAGUGCUGUACAGGCACUGUCCAUUGCAUUGCGACGGUAGUCGUCAAUUGGGGCAGUCGCGACACAAACAGUCUUGUCACGGCAGGGGCCCUUGCCGCUGGGGCCCUCCUUCCCCGCACACAGGCUCCGCCCCCAGGAUCGAGCGAGACCCACCUUCCCCGGACUCUGACUGGGUCCAGCCCCGGUCAGUCAAUCAGCCGAUCCCUGCUCCUCCUCGACUCGCCCUCGUCCCCGCCUGUCCUCCUCGACUCGCGGGGGCAAAGCAGAUUUAA